CUCAUCUCAAACAAUCAGGCAAAAGCAUUGUUAGAAGCAUCCUAACUGUUAAUAAUUUGUCAGAUCAAAGCAACCAAAAGCACGAAAACAAUCCAACGAAAGCAACUAAUUGGACAAUCAAAGCAAAUGGAGUUCAAUUAACAUUUCAAACACUUAUUUUAAGAACGAUACCAACUUCUUGCUUAUUAUAACCUUCAAAACUUGCCAAUCUUAGCUUGGAGCUGUUUCUGUCAUCAUCUUAUAAGCAAUUACUGCUUGGAUGAACAUUGCUACAAUCCAAAAUCUCCUAAUGCAAUGCAUUGCUACGAUCCAAACUCUCAUCUCAAACGAAUCGAUGACUACAUGCACGUACAUCUCUUCACAAGACCUCAGGCUCUCAGCCUCCUUGCGUUCAUCACCAAAGCUGCAGUUGACCAGCAACUUACGCUAUAAAUAGCAUUCUAUUCGAACCUUUAACACAAAUACAAACCUAAAGGCCUUCCAAGAUGAGCUAUCUUGGUCUGAUCUUGGGAGCUUUUGGAGUUAUACUGGUCUCAAGCCUUUGGAGGGUCUUGACAUUUCUAACAUGGAGGCCACUUCUUAUAACGAUGAGGUUCAAGAGGCAAGGAGUCAGUGGACCUAAGUACAAGUUCUGGUCAGGUAGUCUUGAAGAGAUUAGGAACUUGAAAAAAGUAGCGAAUGAGAUAGAGAUGGGAAUCCACUCUCAUGAUUUCACUCCCAGAGUUCUUCCCCAUUAUUACAAGUGGAUACAUCAAUAUGGAGAAACCUUUCUGUAUUGGUUUGGAACACAAGCAAGGGUCUGCAUCACUGAUGCAGAGAUGGUUAAACAAGUGCUCUCAAACAAGUUUGGUUUCUACACCAAGAGUAGGCAACACCCCGGUAUAUUGGCUCUCUUGGGCAGGGGAUUGGUUUUAACUGAAGGCGCAGAGUGGGCUAGACAUCGGAGGGUUGUCAGCCCUGCUUUCACCAUGGACAAGCUCAAGAUGAUGACAAAAAGGAUGGCAGACUGCACUCUGUCAAUGCUAGAUACUUGGCGAAGUCACAUAACUCCCACUGAAGGGAACAGUUCAAUGGAGCAUAAUUUCAUCGAGGUCAACAGGCAGUUUCAGGAGCUAACAGCAGAUGUGAUCUCCCAUACUGCCUUUGGGAGCAGUUACAUUGAGGGAAAGGAAGUUUUUUAUGCACAGAAGGAGCUCCAGAUGCUUACUUUAGCUACUAUCCUUGAUGUACACAUACCUGGAUUCAGUUAUCUUCCUACAAAGAGGAAUAGACAGAAGUGGAAGCUUGAACAUAAAAUGAGGGAUACCCUACAUAACAUCAUCCAGGAGAGGUUAAAUUCCAAGGAUUCAGGCUACGGCGAAGAUUUACUUGGACUGAUGAUUGAGUCUGCUCAAAAGCAAAAUGGUUUGGGUUUGAACACAGAUGAGAUCAUCGAUGAAUGCAAGACUUUCUUCUUCGCUGGGCAUGAGACAACCUCCCACUUGCUAGCUUGGACUAUGUUCUUGUUGAGCACAAAUAAAAAAUGGCAGGUCAAGUUAAGAAGAGAGGUUGUCAGAGAAUGCGGAACAGAAAUGCCCAAUUCAGACACCAUAAGCAAGCUCAAACUGGUGCCUAUGGUUCUGAUGGAAACCUUAAGGCUCUACUGCCCUGUUAUCGAGAUGAUGAGGCAGGCUAACAAAGAUAUGAACUUGGGAGGCAUAGCGAUACCUAAAGGCACAACAUUAACAAUUCCUAUAGCGAUAAUUCAUCGGAAAAAGGAGUUGUGGGGUGAUGAUGCAGAUGAAUUCAAUCCGCUAAGAUUCGAGAAUGGAAUUACAAAAGCUGCCAAGCAUCCAAACGCACUUCUAGCAUUCUCAGUAGGACCAAGAGCAUGCAUCGGGCAGAACUUUGCCAUGAUGGAAGCCAAGAUAGUCGUCGCAAUGAUCCUACAGAGAUUCUCAUUCUCUCUCUCCCCUGAUUACAAGCACAAGCCUGAUGACAUGCUUACAUUACAACCUCAGCAUGGUCUUCCAAUUGUUCUCAAGCCAUUGGAUGUUUAGUUCAAAAAAGAUCACCAUACUUAUAUUUCCUAUAACAGUUAUGAUCUCUAAUGGGAAGAGACAUGUGAAAUAAAAUUAGAAUUAUGACGACAUGGUUCACAAAAUCAGUUCCUUAUUCCUUGUAGGAUGGCAGUAAAUUAUUACUAUCAAAUCAAGGUUCAACAAUUAAACAGAUUAUAACUUCAAAGAACUGAAAUCAGCUCAAAACUCUAAUCCUAAUUUGAUAUGUUGAAAGAUGUCAGGUUCAAUUUUUUUUAUAUUAUUUAUCAUUAUUCGUUUCAAAAUCUGAUCUUUACUUGAAUGUCACGAAACUAUUAAUACCACAAUAACUCACUCAGGCCAAAGGGGGAAGAGAGGAAUCAAGGUGCAACAUUUUAAAGAUUAUAACUUCAAAAUGAGAACCCUAACCCUAAUUUGAAAUGCGGAAGUUGGCGAGUUCAUGUUACCUUACAUUGAUCACGUAAGUAGAGCAUCGAUCGUCGGAAGAAAGGACUAGAGCGGCUGGAGCUGGAGGUGGCGCCGUCGCAACUGGUGGUGCUGACGUCGGAAUCGAGCAAGACGAAGACGGGAGAGCAGUUCAAUUGUCGGACACAGAAAUUAGUCCGAAUCGGCACUGAGUUGUUUUGGUAUUUAAGAGCUUCUCCAACCGAACGCUAUCCCUCAAAAUGACGCAAAAAAUGUUCCUGUUCCUCCUCCAACCGAACGCUUUCCCC